CUCCCACUCCUACUCUCAACCUUCCUUUCCUGGAGAGCCUCUUCAGCCUAUGAACGAUGAAGUGGUCUUUACCCCUGGUUCACAGCCGCCGAAGCAGCCAAUCUCAACGUCCCGCACCAGGCUCGGCGAACGCGUGUAACCCGUGGCCUCGGUAACGCGCAGCAAAAAAAACGCCUGCAGCAACGUAUUGCGCGCGGUGGACCCGAAAAGUCUUAGAUUGCAGAUGGCCUCCUUCCGAUGCUGCAGUGGCAAGGGUGCUGCUCCUCCAAGGCCGCCCGGUUACCAUAAAAGCAUGUCUUGUCUCUCCAACGUCGGUCCACCGAUCUAGGUUCUCUUUUUCUUUUCCUCACGCGCCCAUUAGAUUGGAGCUCGCACUGAGGAAUCGUCUCAAGCCCCCAGCCGCAGUCGCAAUUCGCACUCUGUCUGAUCCUCCUGUCCCAGUUUGGACCUUUUUUCCCAUCCACCCCUAGUCAAGAUGAAGAUCCAACGCAUUGGGGCUCUUGCCUCUUUCCUCGCGGCUGCUGUUGCCAAGGAGAUCAAGCCCGAUCUGCAGAGGGGCGCUGAGCUCUAUGACAGCGGUAUCAUGCACGAGCGCCUCAUGGGCCUCAAGAUGGAGCACUGGGCUGCCGAAAAGGCUGCCGGUCUCAUGGACUCGUCGGUGUGGCCGCGUCUGAACUACACCAAGUGCAUCAACGGCAAGGCCGAGGCGAUCCCAGGCGACCCUCUCCACACUUUCAAGUGCAAGAACGCAGACCUUUACGACUUCUUGCCCCACUCGGCCAUCGGCUCGCCCAUCGGAAACUCUGCCGGUGAGGUUGGCAGCUCCGCUUGGGGUUGGACCGACGAGGAGUCCGGAAGGGAGUUCAUCGCUGCCGGCCUGUUCCAGGGUGCCUCGUUCAUCGAGAUCCUCCCUACCGGCAAGAUGCGACACGUCGGCUUCCUGCCCAGCUUCGGCACCCUGUCGGAGAACUCGCUGUGGAGGGAGAUCAGGGGCUACAAGCACUACAUGCUGAUCGGAUCCGAGCAGAAUGGGCACGGUGUCCAGAUCUUUGACAUGAAGAAGCUGCUUGACAUCACCGACGAGCAAGCCCCCCGCGAGUUUGCCCAGUCCGAGGUCACCGGCCACUUCACCGAGCUUCCCAUAGGUGCCACCCACAACGUCGUGGCCAACGAGGAGAUGGAGUACGGUGUCGCCGUCGGUGCCCGCCCCCGCACCGACGCUUGCAAGAGUGGAUUGAUCUUCUUCGACCUCAAGGACCCCUCCAACCCCAAGAAGCUUGGAUGCCACGCCGACGAUGGCUACGUGCACGACGCCCAGUGCCUCGUCUACCGUGGCCCCGACAAGCGCUACGAGGGCAGGGACAUUUGCUACGGUUACAACGAGGACACCCUCACAAUCUACGACGUCACCGACAAGACCAAGACCAACAUCAUCUCCCGCACGGGAUACGAGGGCUCCAGCUACACCCACCAGGGCUGGGUUCUCGACAAGAACAACCAGGAGUACCUCCUCUUGGACGACGAGUAUGACGAGUACGAUGCCAUUCCCGGUCCCGGCCAGGACGGCUUUGCUGCCACCUACAUUUGGGACAUUAAGGAUCUCGAGAACCCCAAGCAGACUGGUAUCUACAAGGCCACCGUCCGCGGUAUCGACCACAACCAGUACGUCGUCGACGGCUACUCGUACCAGUCCAACUACAUCAACGGCUUCCGCGUCUACGACGUCUCUUCCAUCCCCUCUGACCCCACCGGAGCCGGCGUCUGCGAGACCGCCUUCUUCGACAUCUACCCCGAGGACGACUCGGCGCCCGGCGGUGGCGUCCUGCAGUUCAGCGGCACCUGGGCCAGCUACGCCUACUUCAAGUCGGGCUACAUCUUCAUCAACACCAUCGAGCGCGGCGCCUUCGUCGUCAAGCUGAGCAAGAAGGAGCGCUGCAACAACAAGCCCACCUGCAACGCCGACAACUGCCUGCGCGCCAUGCGCUCGACCUCGAUCGCCGGCCGCCUGGAGGAGAGCCAGGAGUUCUGCGGAGAGUUCACCAAGACCACCGUCUACGACGUCACCGUCGUGCCCGAGUUCGCCUCCAAGGCCUGCGGCGAGAACGUCAUCUCCCGCGUCAGCUCGGCCUGCAGCUGCCUGCCCACCCCGACCCCCGCUGCGUGAGCGCCACCGGGAGGGUUGUGUUUCGGAGUAAUGCCGGUGUUUGUUUGUAAAUGCUAGAUUUCUUGUCUAUAGGAAUGAGCUAAAUGAAUAAUUUCUAAUGGCCACUAUUCUUCCGUCGAAAAAGAAUCCCGGCAGAGUCGGAGUCGUGGAUGCAUUGAUGUAGUCAAGGUGGCGAGAAAGGAAUCCGAUCGAGGGCAACGCAGCCACCUUUAAUAUGUGCAUGCAUCCUCCAUCCCCGCCAUACUCUGUAAAUCUUAUCCGC